AUGUAUUCAAGGUUCGUUCGCUAUUGGCGUGAGGGUUAUUGGGACGAAGACGAUCGCUGGUCGGACCUAUGUGCCUGUGAUCAACCGUUCUGUAAUACGUUCUCAUAUCUCAGAUCUCAUACAAGUCAACGACGAGAAACUCAUGCUCCUGACGACGUGCCGUUGGUGUUUGAACGUGUCGAUCGACCGGACGAUGGUAGUCCACCUCCGGAUCAACCUCCUAUUACUGCCAGUUCUCUUCUGACUGUCCUCCUCGUUGUUGUACCGCUCACCGUUGGAGCGGCUACCGUAAUGGUGGUCGCCUUCAACUACUAUUGUCAUUUAUGCUAG